AAUCUCAGUCUGCCACGGGAGAAAGCAACCAAGCCAGCAGAUAAAGACGAAAACCACUAAAAAAUCCCCGAAUUGUUAUUGCCAGUCGGGUUGAAUGUCUCAUUGAUUGGCGAUCAUCUUUAAUGCUUAAAUGAUGUUGCUGAUCAUUUAAUCUUUCAGCAACCUUAAAGAGAGUAACUUCAGCGGAAAAUGUUAAUAAAUAUUUUAAAUGCCAGUAUAUUCAUAUUAUUGGGCUGCGGAAGCAUUGUCCUUGGGGUCCAAAGGGGUCCCAGAAUCUCAACAACUGUUUUGGAAGGCUAUCCGGAUGAGCUGAAUGUGUCACCUUUUACUAAAGUUGGCAAAAAACUCUACAAUUUUGGACAAAGCAAAGUAUCGUGGUUUCAAGCAAAUUUAAUUUGCCGUUCAAUGGGUGGUUAUUUGGCGUCAAUUGAGAAUCAGAACGAAAUGUCCGAGUUAUCCGAUUAUUUGAAAGCCAAUUAUCCUACAGACAGAUGGUGGUGGCUCUCUGGCUCCGAUUUGCAGGGCGAGGGCGAUUUCUAUUGGUAUAGAACUGGUGAACGUCUAACGUAUACUGAUUGGUCAAUCGGCCAGCCGGAUAAUGCUGGUGGUAGUGAAAAUUGUGUUCAUUUGUGGUAUAAGGACCCAAAGUUUCAGAUGAACGAUUGGAUUUGCAGUCAGGCUGCCUUCUACAUUUGUGAAGCUGAUAAGCCUACCACAGUAGUUGUGUCAGUAUUUUAAUCUAAGCAUUGCAAGCAGAAAAUUGAUAACAAAAAAUUGAAAAAGUGAGAAAUAAACGAAUCAGGUAAUUGCAUCAAAACUAAACACAUAACAAAUAACUUGAACAUUGAAUAUUGAGUAGCUUCAAAAAUUCUCUAUAAAAAUCAAAUUCUGAGAAUACAGAAAUUAAACAUCCCAAAGAAAUCAAUUGUUGGGAGAAAACGCUUUAGAAAUAAGAUUUUAACAACUUUUUGAAUAAAUAUAUAAAUUUUGAACGAA